AUGAUUGAAUAAUAGAAGAAUGAUAAUAGAGAUAAGAAUUAAUAAUUUAAACAUGAGACUAAGUAGCUAUUGGAUUUGGCAGAGAAGGGGCUAUCAGAAAUAAAAUAAUUAUAACAAGAUUAUAGUUAUCAAUAAUUGAAUGAUUGCCUAGAUAUGGAUGAAUUAGAAACUAUCUUAGAUAAUUUAAAAAAAGCGGAGUCUGCUAACAAUAAUAAAGAAAAUACACCAGAAAACUUAAAUUUUUACUUAACAUUGAAUAUAUAAUCAUUCGAAAAAUUAGAGAAAAUGGUGGAAUCAAGUAAAGGGAAAAACAAAAUAGUACCAGCAAAGGAAGAGAGAACAGAAUAGAAAUGA